CUCUCUCUUGUGUAGUUGCGUGUGUGUGUGUGUGUAUAAAUAUAUACACACACACACUCGGACCUCAAUGGUUACAGAAACCCCCAUACCUCCCAUAAUCAAGUAGUGGAAGAGUUAAUCUGUGCGGGCCACUCAUGGGAGGCGCAAGGUGGUGCCUUGGUGCUGAACUCUGGACGCCCAAGGUCAAGGUACACUCCUCGGCCUCCUGUUCGUCGCAGAAGCGGCUACUCCUAGAAGACACGCCGGCCGCCGGUGCUCCUCCGGCUGAGGAGCCAGCGGCGGCGGCCGGCGAAGGCCAAGUCGUCAAAGACCAAGACCAAGGGGAAGGAGGGGAAGGGGAAGAGCACAGGAGCCAGCAGAGGGAGGUGUUCACCAUCUGGAUGAAGUCGCUGGUGCUCAACGGGAGCGGCUGCACGGUCUUCGACUCCCGCGGCCGCAUCGUCUACCGCGUCGACAACUACGGCUCCCACCGCUCCGUGGACGUGUGCCUCAUGGACAUCACGGGGAGCGUGGUGCUCCAGGUCCUCAAGAAGUUCAGGAGGUGGGAGGGGUACAGGUGCGGCGGGUGGGAGGAGCCCGAGCGCGGCGACGCGCCGCGGGGGCGAGGGCGGCCGUGGUUCACGGUGGUGAGCAACAAGUGGGGCCGCGGCCCGCGCUGCGAGUUCAGGAGCGACGGCCAGGCGGUGCGCUACAAGAUGGACGGCGGCAGGCGGCGGCAGCAGGCGGCGCGCGCCUCGUGGAUCGUGGACGACGCCACCGGGCUGGCGGUGGCGGAGGUGAAGAGGAAGCUGACGGCGACGGGGGUGUCCCUGGGCGAGGACGUGCUGACGCUGGUGGUGGAGCCCAACGUGGACCACUCGCUCAUCAUGGGGCUCCUUGUGGUGCAUGGCCUCAUAAACCACUCCAUGUGAGCAUCGCAUCGUACGUGCAGGGACAGGGUGUAAUUUUCUUGUUAGAUGCAUGCUCAGAUGCAUCUAUCCUGCAGACCAGUCUUCUUCUUUCUUUCUUUGGAAAACCUUUUGUGGCGUGAUUUGUUUAGGCGUGAGGUCUGCCAAUCAAUUAAGCAAGAAUAAGUUUAUGUUCAA